CUUAGCUCUUUAUGAAUGCAUUCGAAAAGAAUGUUAAAUGUAGUCUAUAUGGCCAUCUGGAUCGAUACACCAGACUAUCUGGGUCUCUGAGCAACCAAACACACUGGUUAGACGCGUGCAAGAUUGACUUACCACACAAAAGUGAAAUUUUAACUACAACAGUGCAAACAAUAAGAAUUUUCUAAAAUACUCUAGCAUUGAAAGAAAAUGAAUCUUUCAAUAACCGAAACAAAGUGGGUAAAGUUUGGAAAACCUCAUGACUUUGUUUUCAUUGGAAAGGAAAUCAUUGCUACGGCUUCCGGUAUUUACGUGAAUUUUUUGGAUCUGAAUACAAGAGAAAAGCGAAUCGAGCGUUUUGAUAAUAAGGAAAGGGGCGAUGGCGCAUCAUGUUUGGCUGGACAUCCGACAGUUUCCAUGUUUUCUGUGGUCGAAAGAAAAUUUAAUCCGAAAAUAUCGAUAUUUAUGUACCCAACGCUACAAAGAAUUUCCAGAUGCGUGCUACCCGAUCGAAUUAAUGGUUAUUUAUCCUGUUCUUUCGCUGGUACAGAAUAUCUCAUAAGCCUGACUAACUUCCCUGAUUUUCAAUUGAUUGUAUGGCUCUGGAAAACCGGCAAGCACGUCGCUGUCCUUAACACGAAGAUUAACGAUCUCGUUCAAGAAAUUUGCUGUUCACCGAAUUCUCCGUAUUUGAUAUCACAACUCGGAAUUGUCGACGGCACGCUCUCGAUCUGUCAAGUACGCACGUGCUCGAAAAUCGUGAGUAUACAUCACGUGGACGUGCCAGUUCCGGAACACAGAAUUGUGUCUUCGUCCUGGACGCCGGAAGGAAACCUGUUUGUCUCGGACGAAUUCGGUAAUGUAUGGCUCAUGGCGAUAGAUGCUAAUAAACUAUACUCGGUGGUAAAAUCGAAAACACUUGAAUCACCGAAGAGCAGACCGAUCGUCAUCGCUCAUAGGACUGGCGUAAUAGUUGUGAAUACUGAUAGUGAAAUUACAUUUUAUAAGAAAUCGUUGGUAGACUGGAAUGUGUCGUGGCAAUUUGUAUGGUCAAUUUCGACUUUUCAUUCCAUUCAAGUAGGAAAGCAAUAUUGUUUCAAAGAUGGAAUUUUACUUCACUCAAAAAGCGGAGAGAUUUUUGAAAUAAAUACGCAGUACGACAACGUUCCUCACAUAGAAGUUAUUUAUACGGACGAGAUAGAAUACAAAGCACUAUUUUCUAUAUCUCAACGCACAGAUCACGUCGCAGCAAUAGAUCGAUUAGAUCGUCUUUGCAUUUUCGAGGUAUCGACUGGCAAACUGAUUGGAAAAUUAUCUUUGAAACAUCAUGGUGAAGUUGUUCGUGUAGAUUCACAUCCUACUUUACCAAUACUUGCAGCAUGUAGUGUUGCUGGCAAUUGUAUUUUUAUCGAUAUUACAUCAUUACCUAAAAUCAUUAACUGUUUUCAUCUUUAUGGAGAUUUCUUGGACAGAAUAAAAUUCUCGCACUAUGGCGAACUUUUAGGAAUUGGCAACUCUCAAACUGGCAAACUAUUUAUUAUUGGCAAACAAUUUAAACAACAGCCUGUGGAUGUUCUUGGACUUGUAGAAAUUGAUGGACAUAUUGCUGACUUUCUGAUAUACAAAAGAAACAAUAGUCGCUUCGAAAUCUUAGUUCUCGCAACAACCAAUCCUUCCAUGGCUUCGAUUGGUGGUAAUAAAGCGAUCAUGUACACUUGCGAAAUCUCGAAUAAUUUCUGCACACGUAUUGUAUGUACGGUAGAUCUAUCAAAACCUUACAGAAUGUUUUAUGGAACGAGUAAGCCUCUGAAUAUAUUGGGUAUACCCUCCUUAUCUAAACAGUUACAUCAAAUGGAAAUACAGGACGAUUUUCAAGAAGUUGUCCUCACAGAAGCACUCUUUUCGAUGCAUCAGAUGAGGAAUAUCGGAAUAUAUGUGACUGAUUCUCGAGUCUUAACAUAUGGAUACGAUGGCUUAAUUGUAGUCAGAGAUAGCAUGGAACUUCGCAAAGUGAUUGCGAUUUUUAUGCCACACCAUCGCAGUAAAGGGGGUAUAAAGUAUGCAAUUUCUUCACGCUUUGGCGAAACAAUGGUUUCCCUCGGUAGAAAUGGAGAUAUCGUUGCUACUCGAGUUCGUUUACAAGAACCGGAAAUAAAAACAAAUUUGGCAGAAAGUAGAGAUGCGAAUAUACAUUUAUCGAUUGAAGACUUCGUUUCCGGUCCAAAUAAACUGUACAGUUUAACAGAAGAAACCUGGUUGGACAAUGUAAUCGCUGCUAAGCUGAAAGCUGAACGAGACGAAGCUCUACUCCUACGAGCUUCCAUCAUAACUGAUUUGGAGAAAAUAAAGAAUCAGAUACGCGAACUUCUCGAUAUAAAUGAGAGCAAACCACCAAAUGCUCGAUUGCCGAUUUCGGCUUUUGAUUUAGAUCGCAAAGCUCGGCUGCAAAAAAUAGAAGAGGCGCGACUUGAACGAGACGAAAUGCGUCAAAAACUCGAAGAAGAAUGCGUUCAACGAGAUCAAAUAGCAUCGUAUAUCCGCGAAUUAUUCUGGGAUCCGCUACAAGUAAAACCAUGUGCAAUUAAAACUAUCGGAGGUGAUACAAUAGUUUAUAAUUAUCCCCUCGUCGCAUCGACUCGGAGAAUGAAUGACUUUAAAAUAUGGGAUAGGCUCUCUUCGGAUGCUGACGAGUUUUUGUACAGUUACGAGGUGUAUAAUAAGUCAGUAGAUGAAGAAGACGAUUCAAGACGAGGAUCCGUAGCAUUCGAUUCUGAUAAAGAAUCCUCGACGAAUAGUUAUGAUGAAAUCAAAAUAUACGAGAUAGCUCAAACAUGGUAUUCACUGGCGGAUGAAGAUGAAAGAUUAUGUAUAUCAGGUAUUAUGACGCAUAAAUGGAUUGAUGAUGAAAGCAUAACUUCAACGCAUCAGCUGUUAUUUCCUCGUGACAGUAAUCUUAAAACUAUUCUCGAAAAAGAUACUAUCAUCGAAAAUCGAGAACGUAAAUUAAAGAUGUAUUUUAAUGAUCUUUUCGAAGAAAUAAGACGCGCGAAAGAACGUGAAUUAAAAUGUACAAAGGACCGCAUCGAUAGACUUCGAUAUUGCGCUUCCGAGUUAAAGACAAUGUUCGGAAUAGAUUCCGCUCUAGAACCAAUCGAUACACCGACGUGGAAUGUCGAAGAGAUACCCGAUUAUAUAGUCACUGUAAAAGAUCACGAGAUAUUUGAAAAACAGUCACAGCGAGGAGAAUCUGAAAUUGUGAUGGUUGAUAAGAAUCCAAAAAAUGAAGAAGAAAACAGAAGAAACAGUGAUUUUUAUGAGAUAGCUCUCGAAAAGAUGAUGGAUGGUGUAUUAGAAUCAAAAUGGGAAGACGAAGUUAAAAAAGAAAUACCUGUACCUAAAUGCCUAAUCGUAAAAGAUCCUUCGAAAUAUACCGAUGAAGACAUCGCAGUUAUCGCGUCGUACAAAUCCAAAGUGCAAACGUUGAAAGAAGAACGAGAAAAAUAUAAAGCAACGCUGCAUACGGAGAUCGUCGAGACGAAAGAAGCCUUACAGAGAGACGUCGCGGAAUUCAACGACAAGUUAAAGGAUCUUGAAUUGAAAAAGAUACAAAUUGAAUGCGCGAUCUUGCAGGAGAGAUUGAUGAGGAUACGCACGAUCCGGAGACACCGGUCCGAGGUCGAAGGCAGACAAAAAAUCGUCCGUUUCACUGAGGACGAACUGGCACCGGCAACGCGAGAGGCCCGCAAACUCGUCGAGGAAUGCAACUCGCUCGAGGUAGUCGUGGCGGAGUUGAAGUCUCGUUACGACAAUCUCAUCAAGGCGGAGAAACGUCAGGAGGCCAAGUUCCGCAGCGAAUUCGCGGACUUAAAGCAGCCGCUGGUGGAACACUUGCUCAGGCAUUACAAGAAGCGACCCAGGACAGGUCGCCUCAUCACCACGUCCGUCACGUAUCUGACGGAAGUAGCGAGAUGCGUCGCGGCCAGCGAGUUGUCGGAGAUCUUACCGCGCGAAUGCCUGGACUUCCUCAGAGGCAUGGAUGCGUUGGAUACGAUGCCCAGAAACCUGCCGUCGCAGAUUAACGUCAAUCACUGGCGAACGAUGUGUAAGCUGAGAAGAGCGAAGGUCGAGACCGAAACGAAGGUGAGAUGCUGCGCGGUAGAGAUAGCCGAGGCGGAAGAAACGUUGUCGUUUUAUCAAAAAGCGGUGCAAUUAGCUGACAACGUCGUUGUCUGCAAGAAGGCCUAUCUGGAGAACAUAGAGAAGUCCUUGAUGCAACGUGCUGAGAAAAUGGAGAUUCAGCUUGUCCUGAAAAUGGGCCAGAUCGAGGUGCCUCUGCAAGGUUGUCCAUCCGACUACAAGAACGCCGUUCUUGUCCCGCGCAAAGAACUCUUGCGUGUCAACGAUUGUAUCCUCGAAGCUGGAAAACGCAAACUGGCGGCGAUGCACAAAUCCAUGCACUUGCGAAAGGUCGUAUUGCAACAGGAAUGGGAGCAUAAACGCGCGAAGAUGGUACUGGACGAUUUGCAGCAGGAGCUGAAAGAUGUUGCAGAGUUCAAGAUCACGAGAAACGUCCUUGAAUUUUUGACCCGUGAUCUCUGCAGUGUAAAUCUGGAAAAAGAUUACGAAAAGAUACAAGUCAAUUUGCAAAUAUUUCGAAACAAAUUUCGCGAGCUGUUAUCACUGGAACAGGCGUCUUUGAAGGAAACGAAGCGAGUGACAGCUAAAUGGAAGAAGAAGAACGAUAAGAUGUCAAAGGAGAUCAAAUCUAAGUCGUCGGACGUUGAAGUGUUUCGAGGGUUGCUUAACGAUCCGUGUCGCAAGAAAGACGAAGAGUCUCGUAAGAUGAGACUUGUUACGAUCGCGAGACGUACCAAACUUAUCAUAAAAGCGGAGAACAAUUACGAGCAGCUGCUAACCUUACACGCUCGUCUAGAAGUCUUAAAGUUGCGAACGUAUCCGACCUUACAGUUUAAAACCGCAUAAUAAAACCGCAUAAGAUUUAUAUGAGGAAAAAGAUUGUCGGUUUUUUUUACAAAAUAGUGAUGGUUGAAAAUUUCUCGGUAUUAAUUUAAUAAAACUGUUUCUUCUCCUACUAAUAAUAAA